CCUUGUUCACCUUUGUUCACGAUGGCUCAUCCUUCGGACACGGAAUACUACUGGAGAUGCUCUUAUGAUUUCCUCGCGUCGUCAGGCUACAGAUUGCGGCCCAAAUUUGCCCCUGACUACGUCAAGCCGUCUAUUCCAGUGAGGCCACUCGAUGACCCAUCGAGGCCAAGGCAUGAUAGAGCAGAAAUAAUGGACGCAGAACGAAUUCGCGACGGAAAACAAGUCAUUCUCAAAUGCGUCUCGAGAUCUGUGCAUUGCACCGAGGUGCAGAUAGGCACGUUGUUCUCGACUGCUCCGUUGGCAAACGAUCCUCGCAACCACUGUAUCCCCAUCCUCGAAGUCAUACGUGACCCAGAGGACAGUGACAAGGACAUCAUCGUCAUGCCUCGGAUGGUGUCUGCGUUCGAGAUCGUCACGCUCGGCUUUGAGACGGUCGGGGAGGUCGUAGACUGCUUCAGGCAGAUCAUGGAGGGAGUGAAAUUCAUGCACGAGAACCUUGUCGCUCACCGUGACUGCGUCUUUCUCAACUUCGUGGUUGAUCCCACAGAGCUGUUCCCGAAUGGGACCCACCCAGUGCGCACAGUCAUGAAUCCAGAAUUCACGAAAUUAUCCACUGUCGUGUCCCGCACGAGCUGCUGGCCGCGUUAUUACAUCAUCGAUUUUGGAUGGUCGGAGCGGUACGAUCCAAAGUGCGGCCUCUUGUUCGAGUCUGUGGUUCGGGGUGGAGACAGGAGUCCGCCAGAGCACCGGACCUCCGAAAAACCAUGUAAUCCUUUCCCUACUGACGUGUACACCAUCGGAAACAUACUACGGACGCGGUUCCUCAUGUCGCAUUGGGGCGAGCAAUCCCAUGCCCCUCUGCGGUUCCUGCAGCCGCUCGUCGAUGAGAUGACGCGUGAGGAGCCGUCGGCCAGACCCACGAUCGGCGAAGCCCUGGCCCAAUUUGAUUUCGUGUGUGCGCAACUGACGAAAUCUCAGCUCCGUGCACCGGGUGUUGCAAACGACGAGCUGUUCGCCGGCUGCAUGCACUCCAUUUUCCAGUUCCACAACUGGAUCACAUUUGUUAAGCCGCUUUCUCCACACCUGACUGCGCUCUAUGCGAAGAUUCGCAAAACGACUCGCCAUCCUCCUACGGACCCAUGGCCGGUGAAUGCUGAGCUGCGGGCGCUCUACACUCAGACCCGUUCGGCUUAGGUAUCGUUUGCUUUGUAUUUGCUCUCCGAUCUGCUCUCUACUUGUUGCUAUAUGCACCAUGUAACAUGUUGACACUUAUAUUUCAUCGCCUCGCUUAUUCCGUGUUUCGGAAGAAAGGCAAAGUAUGUUCCACG